AUGAUGAUGACGACCACAUUAUCACAUCAUGGCUUCAUUAUUCUUCUUCUAAUUGCUUCGUUUAUUCACAAAACAUGUUCAGAUGAACUACCACCCCCAACGGAUGUGAAAGAUGGCAAUGCACGCGACUCAGAGACACAGAAACGCGGCAGUGAUGCAAAUGAAAUGGCGCCGGCACUUACGGCCAAUCUAACUGACACAUUGGAGAAAGUUAACGCGAAUCUCAAAGAUCUGCUCAAAUGCUGUAAACAGUUUUGUGAUGAUGAAGAACGAAAAAUUAAUCCGGUUAACUGUGCACAGAAUACACCAUCAGACGUGGUCAUACAACAGUUACCGUUGAACGGCAAAGAACCAGUACUACUCACUUACUAUCCUGAUCCUGAUACAGAUAACGACCAAACCUGGCAUCCAUUAUUGACCGUUGAGCCCGAAAACGGCGGGCAAGUAACAAUACCAAUGGUGACAACGACACCAGAAACUUCAGAAAGAAAGAUGCUUGUACUGCUUUUACCCAUUCGACAAUGCGUCUACUGUCCAUGUAUGACACAGCAAGAUUCGUCAUGUCCCAUCGUCCCACUGCAGACGUGCCCUUGUCCAAGUGACUUCAUCGAUAGCAUAUGGCAAGCACCAAUCCAAACGACCGCUAUUCAACAAUCACCACUUCUUCUACAGUGCCCACUUUCAAGCGAUCAGUUACCCACCCAACAUUUUUUCAUAACAGCAAAUGGUAACGAUGUUGGUGCUUAUCACGGUAAACGCCAUCGGUUCUCUACUGCAACGAACAAACAAAUCCCAGUUUAUACGAUAUCGCAAUUAAAAAAUAACUUACAAAAUUUUGGUUUAUUAACACCGAUAACAACACAAACAAAUGGUUAUGGACGAACAGGUGCAAAUCUUGAACUAAACAAGUAUUUGAAUGGAUAUACAAGAAUGCGUUCACCACCAGGCUUUAUUGACGAUGAUAUUGGUGCGGCAUUAAGAGAUGGCCAACCGCUAGCGAUUGAAAUCGACGAAAAUGAUAGAGAAACACUGCAAGAAGUUUUAUCGCUGGGUUUUGUUGAAUCGCAAAAAAUCAACGAGAAUAUCGCUUGUGGUGGUGAUAAGAUGGCCACUUUACCAUAUCCAAUUAUCGGCAACAAUUACAAUCAACAACCAAUAAUUCAUCGAGCAACAUCUUCGCUCGAUAACCCAGUUUCGAACAGCUAUCAACAACCGCACACAAUCUCAUCCAGUUUCUCCAUUCCCUCAUUACAACAAACUUCGCUUGACAUACCAUUCAGUGGUUACACUCAGAAUCUGCAACCCUUAUCAGCUCAACAUAACUCAUUAUCAACGUCACCAGUAGCAGUAUCACCUUCUGACUCUGAUCGACCAACAAUUCCAUUUGAUCAAUUUCGUGCUCAGUUCUUUCGACAAGACACUCAACAGAUGUCUCCAAAUUCACAACAACAACAACAACUUCAACAGAUUGUACCACCACAACAUUUUGCAUCAUCAAAUCAACCAUCGUCUGAUCAACCAAACUGGCUGCCCAACCAAAAUCAACUUCAUGAAAAUGAUGUCAAUUCCUUAUCACGUCAUCAUUAUCAGCAGCAACCGUCUUUACCUUCCUCUUCAUUAUUAUUUUCCCAACAACAGCCUGACAAAAACAGUCAAAAACCUCUUGCAAUCGAUAGUCUACAGUCAUCAAUUGUCGACCUAUCGAAUGCUAAAAAUCAACGUAACGAGCGAUUACAACAACAACAAAACGAAAACAAUAUCAUUAAGAAUAGCGCCUCUACAAAACAACCUGACUACAUUUAUCACGUUGCUUAUAACGGUGAUCGCUUUGGUGCCACAAAUGCGGUGACGAACGCUCAACACCGUACAUCAACAAUAAUGACAGUUCAGCAAUCACUCAUAUUCACAGCAUUUUACUUGAUAAUCUCAACGAUCCGAGGACAUUUCUGA